AUGGAUGCUACUAAGGAGGUGCCCAUUGCUGGCAAUGAGGGAGAUAAUGCUUCUACUGCUGCUGACAUUGAUCUCAACCUUGAGGAUUUCGUGGUUGACAUGGAGAUCAAUGGAAGUGAAGCUGACCUUGAUGCUGAUGCUGAAAAUGAGGAUGGGGCUGGCUCUGACGAGGGUGUUUCCAAUGAGACUGAGGACAUCGCUGUUAAGCUCCAGACUCAAAUCACAGAGCAGAAUAUCCUCAUUGGGGAGCAGCAGUGCCGCAUCCAGAACUUGGAGGCUGAUUCUGUGAAGCUUCAGGCCUUGAUUGAGCAGCUGACCAGGGAGGUGCAGUUGAUUCCUAAGGGAAACGACACCUCCAAUUUCAUUCAGGACCUGCAGACCACUCUCCAGUUCGUACAGGAUCAGCUCAAGAAGCACGAGAAAAGCAUCUCUGUGCUUCAGACUCAGUACAGGGAGAUCCGGCGUGGCAACCUCUAUCAGCCUGCUCCUGCAGCAGAGCGAGUAGCCAAUGCCGCUAACAGCCAGGCUGCACCUGCUGCUGCAUCUCCUGCGGUUCCUCCCCCUACUGGAGCCCGUGCUGAGCCUCCUACUGCAGCUGCAAAUGCCUUUGGCUCCUGCCCUUCGGCCCUGCCUCGUUUUGUCCAUGGCAAAACGGACGUUGAGACUUGGCUCUCCAUUGCGGAGGACUUUAUGUCCAUCCACAAUGUGCGUAGCGAGGCUCGCGUGGUCGCUGCGACCCUUGCCCUGGACGACACUGCGAGCAAGUUGGUGUAUGCCAACAAGCGCCACGCAGAGGCGAAUGGCCAUCCUUUUGGCUGGGAGGAGUUCAAAGCGGCCAUGCUGACGGCGUUCCUGGUGCAGCCCCCGGCGCUCGAGUAA